GAACCAUUCAGCCCCACAAUUUAAAUGCCUUAUGAGUGACCUUGGGGCUAGCCACCCUUCGGGAAGGUCCUGGGAACGUCCCGUUAAGUAUGGAAGCAAUAGCGGAUUGUCAGACUGUGUGGUUUCAUCAAAAGAAAGACAAUUACCGUUUCCAUUUUUGUUCUCAUAAAUGUUUUGAAUUACAUGGACAGAUUCACGAUCGCUGGAGUUCCCGAGAAUGUAAAAAGCUACUACAAAAUAAACGACUCAAAACUAGGCCAGCUGCAGACCAUGUUUUUUGUAUUCUACACCAUUCUUAGUCCUAUUGCUGGUUAUCUUGGUGAUCGUUGGAAAAGAAAACGAAUCAUGCAGAUUGGUCUGUCGAUUUGGAUAAUCGUUACUUUGGCGAGUUCUUUCGUUCCUGCUCAUCUAUUCAGCUUAUUUUUAGCUACUCGCUGUUUUGUUGGAAUCGGUGAAGCUAGCUAUUCCACAUUGGCUCCAACAAUCCUAUCUGAUUUGUUUAUGGGGAAUGCAAGAACCAAAGUUUUAGGUCUCUUUUACUUUGCAGCACCUGUUGGAAGCGGACUAGGUUUCAUAGUUGGUUCAGAAAUAACUCGUCUGACAGGAUCUUGGCAGUGGGCUUUACGAAUUACACCGAUUUUGGGCUUACUUUGUAUAAUUUUACUGAGUGUUUUGCAUUCAGAUCCGCCUCGUGGUGAAGCAGAAGGAGGUUCACAUAUGCGUACCACUUCGUGGUGGCUAGAUAUAAAGUCCCUACUAUCUAAUCAAGCCUUUAUGUUUAUUAGCUGUGGAUAUACAUGUGUCUGUUUUGUUUUGGGUUCACUUUCUUGGUUCGCGAUUGAUCUAAUCCAGUCAGCAUUGAAUGCAAUAAACGAUGAUCCUUCUGCCUGGAGGAAUUACAAUAUUCCCAUUGUUGUUGGAGCUUCAACAUGUCUUGCGGGUAUUUUUGGAGUCUUAUCUGGUGCAAAACUAGGUCGUUAUUUACGUCGAUGGGUUCCUGCGGCAGAUGCAUAUGUUUGUUCUGCAAGUCUUUUUAUAUGUGCUCCAUUCUUAUUCUUAGCUCUGGUGUCUCCAUCCUGGAAUUUCUAUGUGUGCAUUGUUCUUGUUUUCAUCGUUGAAUUCCUUCUAUGCAUCACAUGGGCCCUUGUGACUGAUAUGACUAUGGGAGUAGUUAUUCCUACUCGCCGUUCGACAGCAUCUGCUCUUCAAAUGGUUAUGAGUCAUGCACUAGGAGAUGCCAUCAGUCCGGCUAUUGUUGGUCGGAUUGCAGUAGCUUUUACAGAUCUGCAUUCAUUAGAAACACAAUAUUUAGGCUUACAAAGAGCAUUAUUUCUUACUGCGUUUGUUUGUGCUCUAGGUGGUUUUUUAUUUCUUAUGGUUACUUUGUAUUUGGUUAAAGCUAAAAAUGAUGUUCAUAGAGCUAUUCAAGCUUCUCAACAUGACAUGGUUGCUGUAAUAAGCGGACAAGAAAUUGAGGUUCCUGCGACUCCAUCAUCAUCUAUUCAUAGUGAAGUGUCCACUUGAUCAAAUAUAUUCAUCAUAUAUAUGUAUAUGGUUUUCAUAUUUGUGCAUCUAUUCAAGUUUAUACUGCUCAUAUUAUCUCUCGAUAUUAAAUUAUUUUAUUUCUGCUUCCAUCGUCUUCCUGUAUUAUAAAAGUGAAUCAAUAGCAAAUAGAGAGAAUUUUAAUACAUUGAAAGGUCAGCAUUUGUUUUGCUUGUAGUUACAUCUGUUACUCUUAUAGAUUGUCUAUGCUUGUCCAUGUAUCUAUCUAUCUUAUCAAGGCAGUAGAUAUUGUGUCCUGUUGAACUAACAUUUUUAUUGUUAGAUUUGUGAAUUACUUGUUCUCUUUUUCUAAGUAUCACUAUUAUUUUUUAUUCUCUCUACUUAUCAAUACAGAAAUUGUACUGUUCUUUGUAUAUUCAAUUUAAUAAUACGUAAAUGAAUAAAUCAUCAUUGUAAUUUGUAAUUGGCUAAUUUCAACAGUUUUUGAAGAUAAGAUAUCAGUUAACCAUUUUUGUGUAAAAUAUUCGGUUUUAAUAGGGAUUUCUUCUCUAUAUAUUUUCUUUUCACUUACAUUUAAUAAAUAAUUUUUAAUAGGUGAACUAUUGGGUUUAUCAAAUCAUAAUAAUUGUCUGAUAGAAAGAUUUUAUUAGUUCUUUUUUUGCAAAAACAUAUAAGCGGACAUUAUUGUUUUCAGUUAGAUCCUCAUCAGGUUUUACUUUCAUAUACAGUAAUAUUUAUUGCAUAUACGAAAUUAUUAAACUAAUCAAGGCAGUUUACCAGUCAGUGAUAACACUGGAAUAGAUAGCAUAACUGAUAACAAGUAAAAAGUAUAGAUUGAUAGUGUGAUGACAAGUGUACUAGUUGUGAUAAUAAUAACAAAGUCUUGAAUCAAAGUUUCAUAAUAGGAAGUAAGUGAAGGAUUUGAAAAACGCAGGCACUAAAGUAACGUUACUUAAAAUGUAUAAGAAUACGUAAUAAAAAGUGUUUAGAUAAUCAGGAAACGAGGCGUGGAUUUGAAAAAAAGAGGGGGUAUCAGGAAAAAUAACAAAAGGUAUGGAAAAUAAUAGUAAAUAGAUCCUUUAAUUAAGGCUAUUUCGGCUAAGGAGGAGACAUGAAUGUAACAGAUUUCUUAAGAAUAUAAAGACUUGGAUUGUUAUCUUGAGUCACUAUGGUUUUAUUAUGUGCAAAAGGCGAAAUCGAACCCUAGAAACAAUACGAUAAAUCAUUCGAAGUGACCUACUUCUGUCUACGACAUGACCGCUAUCGACCAUGUGUGCUAGAACAGGGCUGGAUAUUGUUAAGACGAUACCCUUUCCGAACCACAAAGGGAGUUGUUCACUAACUCAUUGGUUCAUUUGUCUAGAUGUGCGCCUAAAUAGCUUUCUCCACAGUAGCAGCUGGAUUCGUAGCAAAACCAGAUAACUUGUCUUUUAGAUAAGGAAUCACCAUAGGUCAUUUGGAGAAUGAUAGACAGAGGUUAGCUGCAUUAGACGUUCUCUUCAGUGCGAUUGUACUUCGUAAUCUUAUAAUUUAGUGAAUGUUAUUUCAGUCUGUAUUUUUCAAAUCAUUCACUUACUUCCUAUUAUGAAACUUUGAUUCAAGACUUUGUUAUUAUUAUCACAACUAGUACACUUGUCAUCACACUAUCAAUCUAUACUUUUUACUUGUUAGGAUAGUCGGAAAAAUAUACCAAUAAU